UUAGUCACGCUGUACGUGAAUGAACAAAAAACAUUGGAUCUUCCAAAGCAAAAUAAACACAGUUUCUAACCAAGUCGCUCCACCAAAAUUGGCGUUACCUAUGGUGGAGUCAUGACCUUUUCGUCCUUGGAUGGUGCCAAGGACCUGGGCCCCCUGAUUGGGGCCCUAGAUCAAGGCACCUCCAGCACCAAGUUCCUGGUGUUUGCAGCCAACACGGCUGAACUGAUCACGUAUCAUCAGAUGCCCGUUCAGACUCAGGCCCCCAAAGUUGGAUUCCUGGAACAGGACCCUAUGGAACUGAUUCAGGGAGCUCGCCAUUGCAUUGAAGCCACUGUGGCCAAUCUGAUCCAAUUGAAUGUGGAUCCUGCCGAUGUGGUGGCCAUUGGAAUUGCGAAUCAACGUGAAACCACCGUGGUUUGGGAUAAGGUCACGGGCCAGCCUUUCCAUCAUGCCAUCGUCUGGUCGGAUACUCGAUGUUUGGAUAUUGUUCAGAGCUACAUGAAACGGGUCCAACGCAAAUCCGACCCGUUGUUUUAUUUCCAACCUUUGAAUGGUUUGCCUUUCUCGUCGUACUUUUCGGUGUUCAAAUUGCGUUGGCUCAUUGACAAUGUGCCAGAAGUGAGAUGGGCGUUGGAACAGAAACGCCUACUCUUUGGAACCAUCGACACUUGGCUCUUGUGGAACCUUACUCGAGGCGAAGAGUCGGAGGAAGUGGGGGAUGAGUUAGUUGGCGCUGAAAAUGGCCUUCAUCUGACGGAUGUGACCAAUGCUAGUCGAACGUUCCUCAUGAACCUUGAGACACUUCAGUGGGAUCCGUACCUGCUAAACUUCUUCGACAUUCCCCUGGAUAUCUUGCCUACCAUUCGAUCGUGCUCUGAGAUCUAUGGGAAAGUCAUGGGUGGCCCACUCGACGGGGUCCCCAUUUCUGGGAUGUUGGGCGAUCAACAAGCGGCGUUAGUCGGGCAAAACUGUUUUCAAGUCGGACAAGUUAAGAAUACGUGCGGCUCAGGAUGUUUCAUGCUCUAUAACGUGGGUCCUGGCAUGCGACUGUCAGAGAAUGGCCUUAUUUCUACCGUGGCUUUUCAAUUAGGCCCCAACGCUAGACCCUUCUACGCCCUGGAAGGAUCGAUUGGGGUGGCUGGCAGCGCUCUUACAUGGCUCAAAGACAACUUGAAUCUCGUGUCAGAUAUCAAAGAGAUUGAAAAACUCGCCUUGAAAGCCGAGACUGAUGUGGGUGUGGUGGUAGUGCCAGCCUUCUCCGGUCUUCUGGCACCUCAUUGGCACCCUGAGGCCCGUGGCCUUAUUUGUGGUCUAAGUCAGUACAGUUCUCGAGACCACGUCUGCCGAGCUACUCUGGAGUCCGUGGCGUUUCAAACGAGAGAUGUGCUUGACAAAAUGAAGCUGGACUGUGAGUGUCCAAUUAACUCUUUACUUGUGGAUGGAGGAAUGUCGCAGAGUGACUUGUUGGUCCAACUACAAGCCGAUAUUCUUGGUAUUCCCAUCAAGCGUCCAUCUAUGGCCGAAACCACAGCCCUGGGAGCCGCAGUUGCAGCCGGAAUUGCCGAUGGAAUCGAUGUUUGGGAUCUCCAGUCUUUGGGCGAGGUCUCAUUUGACACAUUCUACCCGAAGAUAUCCGAAGAAAUCCGCGAGGUCAAGAUGGAAAAAUGGUGCAUUGCUAUGAGGAAAGCAAGACCGUCAGGAUAUCUUUCCGAAGAAGGCAUGAAUCAGACUUCUAAGACUACUCGAAGCAUCAAUGCAUCCAUACCAUUGACCAUUUUCAGCUUGUCAACAUUCUUAAUGUUAAAGAUAGCGGACAUUCUUCAAAACCAAACUGGAUCUAGUUGAAAUUCCAUUACUGAUCUCGCAACCAGAGCUGACAAGACGUCAAAAUACUGCUGUUGUUUUGCUCACUGAUUUAGGUGCUUUAGAUCAAACUUUGCCAAUAAAGUUACUCAAGAUCUUAAAGUGAAAGAACGUGACUUUAAAGAUUUUGCAAUGUUUAUUUCCAUUAUGUUUAUGUAUGUAUGCAUGGUAAAUUAAAAUUUAAGUCAUA